CAAUGCACUGUGGCAAGUGUUGCAGAAUCUCUUCCGGUCAAAGUGUUCAGGCAUGGAUACUUUCCAAAAGCAUCGGUCUCUGUAUAAAGGAACAACUCCACCAUGGAAGGAGACUUUUAGGAAGCGCUGUGUUGAGCGUUUGAGGAGCAACCGAGCAAGGCUCCUGGAUAAGUACAGGCAAAUGGGUGAAAGCAUACCGUUCAGAACCCCAGGCUCGAUCUUGGUACAGGAAGUGAUGGAAGUGGAAUGGUCAGAACUUAAAGCAAAUGGUAACAGACUUCCUUCACUGUGGCAAAAAGAUUCCUUCAGUGAUGUGUUGACAGUAAUGAAAGAAGAUGAUGAGUUGUCUGUUUUGGAAGAAAUUCAAAAGGAGCUUAUCUCCCAAGAGCAAGCUAUAAUUGAGGAGUAUGAACGGAGUGUAUUUUAUGAAGAGCAGUGUUUAAAUGCCAUGGUGGAAGGAAUUGAUUCCAGUGACAGUCUAAUUUGUCCACUGUGUAGCAAGAAUCACUUGACCAUUACCAGUCAGUUUAUUUCUUGUCGAUGUGGAACUUAUAUCAACACUCAAAACAGAAACAUCUCAAAGGCGGACCUCCGCUGCCAGCUUGAGAGCCGGGUCAAUGAACAUUGCGAGCUGUGUCCCCAUCCUCCGAUGUUCUUUGUAGAAGGAUCAUUCAGUCUGCUAAUGUGUUGUCAAGGUUGUGAUCAUCUGGCUGUCAUUGUUUAAUAAACGAAGAAGGAAUGGCUUGUGCGGAAGGGUUACCUCUCUGAUACAUUGAAGUUUUUUUAAUCUUCCAAAGCUAAAUACUUUUUCUUAUUAUAAUUUGGCAGAAAAUAUUUAUUUUUAUAUCCAGUUUUAAAUGUUACCUUGUAAUAAAGUGUCUUAUCUAAACAUCUUGGCUGGCUUUACAAGAUUCUUCUCAUGUGGCCUAAUGACAAAUAACAGAAUUUAAGUAGUUGUGAAUCUCAAAUGACAUUUUGGGAGGAUAGUGUGGCUUUUCUGUUUUCCAUUAUGAAACAGGCUUUUAACUAGUUUAUUUUAAAUCGUCCAAAAAAAGGGAUUGCAAGUUCUUAUUUAAUGUACAAUUAUGUCAACUGGUCAUUUUCUAACUCGCUUUGUCUUGAACAAGAUUUUUUUUUUUUUUUUUUAUAAAGAUGAGGGUUGAGAAGGAGUUUGAGAUAACCACAGUGGAAUAUGCUAAUAUUAAAAUCGAGAAGGUUUCAAAUGUUUCUGUACAUCUCAUAAUGCAUUCAUACCAGUGAUUUGUUUAAAUGCUUACAGCCCUCUUCAUAGUUGUAUUUCAGAAUGGCUGGUAUAACACAUUUGCAGGGAUUAUUACUCGUAUGGUGGAGACACCAAAAUACACGUGGUAUUACACAUGCAGUAUUUUUAAGACGACCAAAAAAGACACCCGCCUCAGGACUAUAGGGAAGGCCAACAUAUCACUUUGUGAAUCGAGCAUCAGCCAUCAAACUUUGGAGUCUAAUUCUUCAUUUAAACCCCCCUACACUUUCUUUUAAAAAGGAUUCUGAUAUUUUAGCUUCUUUUCUGUAUCGCCACAAGUUUAAAAAAAAUAAAAAAUAAAAAUGAAUGGA